AUGUCUCAGAGAUCAAGACUUCAAGGCAAGGUUGCCAUCGUCACCGGAGGAGGCUCCGGUUUUGGAGCAGCCAUCGCGCGGCGUUUCGGCGAAGAAGGCGCGAAGGUCAUUGUCGCCGAUAUCAAUGUCGAGGGCGGCGAGAAAGUCGCUUCCCAGAACGCUAGCAACCUAAUCUUCCAGCGCAUGGACGUCACCCAGGAAUCAGAUUGGAAUGCGGUUCUGGAUUUGGCAUUCUCCCAGUUUGGGCGAGUGGAUGUGUUGGUGAACAAUGCCGGGACUAGUUAUCGGAAUAAGCCCACGUCGGAAGUCACUGAGGAUGAGUGGGAGCGUGUCUUCAAGGUCAAUGUGAAAAGCAUUUACUUAUCUGCGAAGACCUUCAUGCCGCGUUUCAUCGAUCAAGGUCAGGGUGGGUCUGUGAUUAACAUUUCCUCGACGGGAGCGAGUCGGCCACGACCGGGGUUGGUGUGGUACAAUGCUUCCAAGGGAGCAGUCACGAAUGCUACCAAGGGUCUCGCUGCGGAGUAUGGUCCCCACAAUAUUCGAGUCAACAGUGUUGCUCCCCUCCUCUCCGGAACUGGGCUUUUCUCGAUGUUCACUGGAAUGGAAGAUACUCCCGAGAACAGAGAGAAGUUCAUUGGAAAUGUUCCACUGGGUCGCCUCACUGAGGCAGAUGAUAUUGCGAAUAUGUGUCUUUAUUUGGCUAGCGAUGAGGGCCGAUUUAUCAAUGGCACAGAGAUGGUUGUCGAUGGUGGAAAAUGUAUCUAA